AUGUGGCUGACCAUGGUUCAAGAACAGAUCAUGUUCAACCAAAGCUCCCCAGAGGGCUUCCUCCUUCUGGGCUUCUCUGAACACCCAGGGCUGGAAAGGAUUCUCUUCGUGGGUGUCUUGGUGUCCUACCUCCUCACCCUGGCAGGCAACACACUCAUCAUCCUCCUCUCCGUGAUGGACCCCAGGCUCCACUCUCCGAUGUACUUUUUCCUCUCAAACCUCUCCUUCUUGGACCUCUGCUUUACCACAAGUUGUGUCCCCCAGAUGCUGGUCAACCUUUGGGGUCCUAAGACCAUCAGCUUCGUGGGCUGCUCCAUCCAGCUCUUCAUCUUUAUGUCCCUAGGGACCACUGAGUGCAUCCUCCUGGCAGUGAUGGCCUUUGACCGCUAUGUGGCGGUGUGCCAGCCCCUCCACUAUGCCACCAUCAUCCACCCCCGCCUGUGCUGGCAGCUGGUGUCUGUGGCCUGGGUUAUGGGUCUGGCUCAAUCAACAGUCCAGACACCACCCACCCUCCACCUACCCUUCUGCCCCCACCGGCAGGUGGAUGAUUUUGUCUGUGAGGUCCCGGCUCUCAUUAGACUCUCCUGUGAAGACACUACGUACAAUGAGAUCCAGAUGGCUGUGGCCAGUGUCCUCAUCUUGGUAGUGCCCCUCAGUCUUAUCCUUGUCUCUUAUGGUGCCAUUGCUCGGGCGGUGCUGAGGAUAAACUCUGCCACAGCACAGAGGAAAGUUUUUGGAACAUGCUCCUCCCAUCUCCUUGUGGUCACCCUCUUCUAUAGCUCGGUCAUUGCUGUCUACCUCCAGCCCAGAAAUCCCUAUUUCCAAGAGAGGGGCAAGUUCUUUGGUCUCUUCUAUGCAGUGGGCACUCCUUCACUGAACCCUCUCAUAUACACCCUGAGGAACAAGGAGGUAAAGAGGGCAUUUAGGAGGUUGCUGGGGAAGAAUGGGGAGUCCAGGGAGACCUGA